AUGGACUGGGAUACCGGUCGCGUGUCGGCCGUGGGUAUGGAGAGCGCGCAGGCGUCGGACGCGCGCCAGGGUGCUAGCCCAGCGGCUCUGCAGCGCCGCCUGCUGGCGUUCCUCCGCGGGUUCCGUAUGGGUCCGCUGUUCUACUAUCGCGAGCAGCUCCUCGCCAACGCACGACGCAACCAUUGGUUUGUGACCGUGAACCUCUCGCAUGUUGCCGCCUUCGACCAGGAACUGCAGGACUUGCUACUUAAGAGCCCAAAGGAACAGCUGCCGCUUUUGGAAAACGCGGCAAAGGAAAUGUUGACGCAAUUGCUCGUGUCCAGCCAAGAGUCGGUUGCUCCAGACUCGGCAACUUCUGGCAUUUCCUCAAGCAACUUACCGGACAUCCAGGCCAUUCUAACCAGUGACCAAGCCCCAGUGGCACUUCGCCAUGUACACUCGCAGGAGAUCAACCGACUGGUGAAAGUGCCAGGUAUCGUAAUCAGCGCCACUCGAGUGCGGACGAAGUGCGUGUCGGCAACUUUGAAAUGUCGCAACUGCGGCCACACCAAGCGAGUUGCCGUUGUCGGCAUGGGAGGCGUAAGCAUCCCCCGCAUCUGUGAUCGCAACCGCGAUGAAGAUAAUGGCGUCACUCCGGGCGAUAUGUGUCCCAAAGACUCGUACGUUGUGUUGCCCGACCAAGGCCACUACGUCGACCAGCAGACACUGAAACUGCAAGAAAACCCCGAAGUGGUCCCGACUGGCGAAAUGCCGCGAAACUUAGCGCUAAUUGCCGAUCGCCACUUGGUGGACAGAGCAUCCCCCGGCACGCGAGUGUCCGUGGUCGGCAUCACGUCGGUUGUCAACGCAGGAGGCAAAAACGUCGGCGCUGUUGCCAUCCGCACGCUGUACGUACGCGUCGUGGGCAUUGAGAUCGACGAAGAAGGCGCCGGACGUGCCAAAGCAACUUUCUCCCCCUCUGAAGAGGAAAAGUUCCAUGAAAUGGCGCGAGAUCCAAAGUUGUAUGACAAACUGGCAACAAGUAUUGCGCCUUCGAUUUAUGGCGACUACACGGUGAACAUCAAAAAGGCAAUUGCGUGUUUACUAGCUGGUGGGUCUAGAAAAAGAUUGCCAGAUGGCAUGAUUUUGCGUGGCGACAUCAACGUGUUGCUUCUGGGAGACCCCAGUACGGCAAAAUCCCAGUUUCUGAAAUUUACCGAAAAGAUUGCACCCGUAGGAGUGUACACGUCGGGUAAAGGCAGUAGUGCCGCCGGUCUGACCGCGUCGGUUAUCCGCGAUGCCAAGGGAGAAUUCUACCUUGAAGGCGGCGCCAUGGUCCUAGCUGACGGUGGCGUCGUGUGCAUCGACGAGUUCGAUAAGAUGCGCGAGUCCGACCGUGUGGCAAUCCACGAAGCCAUGGAGCAACAAACGAUUUCCAUUGCCAAAGCUGGCAUCACUACGAUUUUAAACUCGAGAGCGAGUGUACUGGCCGCGGCAAACCCCGUGUUCGGUCGCUACGACGACAUGCGCUCUGCGUCUGAGAAUAUUGACUUAAUGAGUACAAUUCUCAGUCGUUUCGACAUGAUCUUCAUCGUCCGCGAUAUCCAGGAUGACGCCAGAGACAGGCAAAUGGCUGCACACGUGGUGCGAAUGCACACGAACGCCCUGGCGUCAGCUGCGGGGAAGCCCUCAGCUAGUGAAAAUACCUCGAGUGGCGGCGAGUUCGAGCCUUGGUUGCUUAAGAAAUUCAUCACUUACUGUCGUACUCGAUGCGCGCCGAGACUGUCGGUUGGCGCAGCGCAAGCCCUUCAGGACUAUUACGUGGGUGUACGCGACGACGUGCGUCGUACACAGGGCGGGGAAACGACUAUCCCCGUCACUGUGCGGCAACUUGAAGCUCUGGUGCGUAUUGCCGAGUCAUUGGCAAAGAUGCAUUUGCUUAACGAAGCCACACGCGAACACGUGCAAGAAGCGAUUCGCUUGUUUAGUGUGAGUACCAUGAACGCCGCCAAAGACGGUGGAACGCAGGGUUUAUUCGGUGGGUUCCAUGAAAAAGCACAGGAAGUGGAACAGAGCAUUAACCGCACGUUGCGUAUCGGGACGCGUGUGGAAACCAGUGCGCUGUAUAGUCGUCUGGAGGCGCAGGGCUACAACCCCAACGCUAUUCAACGCGCUAUCCGAGCUAUGGUGCAGAAGGGCUCACUUCGGCAACUCAGCCAGUACAAGUUUGUGUCUCGCGUUAAGUAG